AAUUAAAAAUAAUUAUUGCCAAUCUAACAAAAGCUUUCAGAAAAAUGUAAAGCCAGCUUUUAGUAUCAUAGUUUCAGUUUCCUUUCUUUUUUUCCUUACACUACUUCAGUUGCAUUACGCAAUAAUGUCAGCAUAAAUACCCUGUUGGUUAUAUAAAGAUAUGGAAUAGAAACUUGGAAAUUACUUGUUUAUGGAAGACUUGAGGGUUUCAACUACUUUGUUAAUUUCUGUUUAGACAGUAGCAAGAAACUGCUUUAUGUGAAGCAUUUUGCAAUGGCAAAUGUUUUUAAUCUCAGAAAUAUAUCUUUUCCUGGCUAGCACUUAAUAUUACUAUUAGUUUUUCAUUGCUUCUCUGAGAAGAUUAUUUCAUAGUCAGUAUUUUGAUUAGAGAUCUUUACAAUUUAUUGUUUAUAUGGUCAUAUUUACUCUUUUCUUUGCUGACCUCUGAUGGAAACAAAGAUGUGGUCAUUAAGGGGGGAACACAAAUCACGUGACUUAGUAUUCAGCAUAAUAAAAGUCUGCAGCUGAGUGAGUGGAUGAGUUCCUUUUAAAGUCAGCGGAGAGGCAGAAACAUUUUCAGAAUGUAUUAUCUCUAACAUAUUUUUGAUGUUUGUUUCAGGAAAAGAGGUGUGGCAUCCUGUGCUCUGCUGACUAUGUUUAUUAGAUAUCUAUUGACUCCAUUAACCCUGGGAAACUGGACUCUGCAUCCUGAACUGUAGAAAUCUAAUGAGUCUUAUCACAAAAAGUACAGGCAAACAACAGAGAUGAUGAGAACAAUCUGCAAGGAUAUGAUGUGAUACUAAUUUGCAAAUUAUAUAGGCCCAUGAAUAGGCCAUUUGGCUGUUCCAGACUACUUGCCAGAGUGGAAGAAAGGACAAUAUAUAUUUUGCACAGCUGGAGCAAAAUGCCUAUGUGGAUGCUGGAAUGGUCAAGAGAGACAGGCACUGAUGAAAAUGAUGUAAGCCACGAUGCAAGUAAUUUGCCAGCACAGGAAAGCUUUCUGAGACCUCUUUGUUAUGUGAGAUGUUCCCCUGUGAUUAUUUCCUGUGAUUCUUGCCUUCAGCUACAUGUCUAUAAUGACAGCAAAGAUCAUUCGGAAAUGUGUUUGUUGGAAGUUAGUACAGGAGCAUCAACACAGCGCAACAGUGAUACCUUGGUCCAUAAAUCUGUGACAACCGAAAACAUCAUCUCAGCCAGUCAUUCAUGGAUUAUUGUCAUAGGAUAUGUCUGUGUGGUCUUCCUGGAACAAACAUAUGCAGAUAUUUAUCUAAAGAAGCAAAGGCUUAACAGCGGGCUUAUUUUUAAAUAUGGCUGCGAUGGGACAUUAGGUGGUUGUGCUGUCUACAGCCCUAUCUUGUCAGUGAACACACUGGAGAAGCAGUUUGUUACUUAGAAGGUUUAGGCACUCCACCUACAAAAGUUCUGGACAUUUCACAGAAAAGAAAUGGUACAUAGUAUGACCCAAAGACCUGGCUGUAAAAUUAGAUUUCUAAUUAGAGGAUAAGAUAUAAACUUGUACACUUGCAUUAAAUUUGUUUAUCAGAGGUUUCCUAAGCAUUUAGUAUAUUCUGGUCUGGAGUGCCUCAGAGUGAAUAUAAAAUUAAAUUUAGCUAAACUUUGCUUGUUUAUGGCUACAUAGUUUGUGUUACUGAAUCUCUCUAUAUACAGAAUGCAAUUAAAAUCUAAUUGCCACUGGAGAGAAGUCACACUGGCAAAACUGCACAUACCCUUCUUGUGUCUAAUGGACCACACAGCAGGGAGUAGCAUCAUUUAAACGUCUGUGAGGAAACAACACAGAAACGUAUCUGAGAACAGUGAUCCAAGGCAGGCCUGGGGCCUUUUUUGUGUAAUAAAAAGUGCUAAGAGAAGGGAAAUGACAUUAUAAAAAGUAAGAUUUCACAAAUAGAGAGGCAAAGAAUUAAGUUGUGAGUUGAGGAUUGUACCAGAAAGAUUUAAACUUGGCUUGAGGAAGGGUUUGAGAGUAGAAAGGAAUAUCAUCAGACACCUGGGUUAAGGUGAUGCUCUGAGUCUGUGCUAUUUACUUUAGUGAGGUUGAACAGCUGAUUUCCAUUAACAUGCAUGACUCUCUACCUUCCCACCAACAGCUCCAAACCUGCAAAUACCUACACCUCCCUUGCAUCCAGCUCAUCUGGGAACUUUUGGGAUGGAUAGGUAGUGGCAGGAGAGCAUUCUCAUGCCUUAUCAUCCCUUCUCAACCUGUCCCAGUACUAGCAGAAACAGAAGGAUGGAUUGUAUUCUGCUGGCCAUGCACUCCCUGCAGUCCUCAGAUGUGCUUUCCCACCAUCUGAACUUAGCUCCAGAAGUGGGCAUUGAAGAAUGGCCCUUCAGUCUCCAGCUGUUUGCAGGAACUUCAGGUCUGGAGAAAAACAUUUUCCAUGUUCUCUAUGGAUGGUUUAUGUUUAUUUGUGUUCAGAUAAAAAUCUCUUCAAUUGUUUGGGAACGAUAUGUCUUUCCUCUUGGAACUGAAAAACAUAACCUUUGUGAGAUAGACAUAGAGAAAAGCAGCUGGCACUCCUAAGCUGUGACUUGGCAUGAGCAAAGGAUAUUGAGAUAACACAGUGUAAGGAAAAAAAAAAAAAAAGUUUUUACUCUCCCCACUAAAGACCUGACUAUACACAGAUGUAAUGUAGGCAUGGGGGAGGCUGGAGGGAGAGGAAGAUCCAGGAAGAAACACGAUCUCUAAGCCCCUGCACUGAAUUUGUUUCUUGUUUGAUAGAAGUCAAUGGAAAACUCAUAUCAGUGUCAAUGCUUUUGUAUGGUUUCUUUUUGUUGUUGCAUUUAUCAUGCCCAGAUAGACAGGUGAUAGUUAGAAAACUGCACAUGCCUGGAAUGCUUCUUCCAUGAAAAUGUGACAGAUAUUUACAGAUGCUAUUACAGUAACAAAAUGCUUUAGCCUGCAUUUCUAAAAUUUCUUGAUGGUUUCCAUUAAUCAUGAGUGCAAGUCUUGUGAUUAUAGUUUGUAUUACAAGCAUUAUUAAAUUUUUUUUUUUCCUGAGAUUUUUAUUCCCAUUUCUUCUAGAACUGAAAUGAUUAGGAGAGGCUGAUGGAGUCUGAAAUUAAGCCUCUGUACAGGGAAGAAAAGGUUCUGCAUUAAGAUAAAUAAGCAAAUAAUGCUUAAAUGCUAAUCUUAGGACAACAAAUUUGAAACAAUAUAUUUGAGUAAAAAAAAUCCCUAUAUGAAUUACUUACCUGUAUUGUUCAAAGAGAGACUAAAAUGCAUUUGGUAUAGGGUACACAAAUGAUGACAUUUUCUAAAAGAUGCUUUAAACAGUAUGCCUUGGAUGAGAAUACCUUUCUUAUCUAAUGAAUGACAUCAAUCCAAGCAGCAGCACAAUUUCCUCAUUGCUGAAUACAGAAGUCGUUCAAAAUCUGCAGCUACUUCAUCAUAAGGCAGUUCACCCUGAAGACUGCAUCCCACCCGAGCUGCUGGCUCCUCACUGCUUCCCCCAGCACUUGGGUGCUCAGAUUGCCUUUUGCUGAUAUUGCACCUGUUGGCUUAGGGCCUGCAUGAGUCUUUCCAUGCAUCCACAGCAAAUGUUCACCUUGGAAGCUGUGGGAGGUUAGUAAAACAAUGCAAGGAAGUGUCAGGUAGCAGAAGGUCACAUGGAUUUCCUAGAAACCUCAGACAGCCUGGCAGCUUUGAAGUGUCGCUCUGCCUGACCCUGCAUGCCAAGUUCAAAACCCAGCAAUGGCUGCCUUCACAGCCAGCCAGCUGAGCAGAAGGCAGAGCUGUGCUCCGUGGCCAAAACACAGAUCCUCAUCCUGUGUAAACAGGGAAGCGGCUGAAAUACAUCUCUGCCAGUUGUCUCUACUGAAGGCCGUGGGCCAAGAACUCAAAGGGCAUGUCUACACAGCUCAGACCAGCGGUGUGUUACAGAUCUCUGAGCUGGCUUAAGAGCAUUUGGUAUAUGGUGCAGCAGUGUAGUUCCAUACUGCGAUAUUGAGUUGGCUCUCAGAAGCCCCUUGGACUGGCAGUUAACUUAGCUACGAGAAGUCCUGGUUACUGCUGUGUGUGUACGGUGUUAAGGAGAUUGUUUUUCCCUGCAGUGUUGCAUGAUACUACAAACAAAUUCACACAGCUCUACCUGGUGACAGCAACAGAAGCUUUUUAUACCCCAAAAUGUGAAAAUGUUUUGUUUACUAGUUACGCUUGAAUAAGCAGGAACCAACCCCACUUUGGAGAGGAAAAUAGGUUUUCCCUGCUAUAGUGGACACGCUCCUGUUGGAAAAUGCAUCAAACACUUUUGUCUUCAUGGCACUGUCCAUACCUAGCCCUUGCAUACUGAGGAUGCUAGAAAAUUUGAAAUCCUUUUCAGUGAGCCCAGUGAUUAAAAAUUACUUUCUACUUACUUGAAAUGUUCCUUGAGGAAGCCUAUGUCAGACAGACAUGCACAGCCCCGUUACUGAUGGCAGCAGAAAACCACUGAUGGAGCUGGUCAGUGACAUCCCACUGUCUUGUGCAGCAAAACCAGCUGAGGCAAAUUCCAGAUCACUUCAGGAAAAGUCAUCUUAUAAGCAUCUUACAAGCAGUGUCUGUAAAUUCUAGGAUUUGCAUGAUGCCCCUUUUCAGAAGGAACCUGCAACACAGUGUGAUUGGCCCUGUGCACCAGGAUACACAGGGAUCUGUACACUGCUGCACAAAGUGUUUCUAUAAAUCAGUGCUGGAGAGAGGCUGUUUAAAAUUUGUCUCUUUGUCCCUUGAGAGGGAGCAGUCCAGUGGGUUUAUUUGUUUUAUCAUGCUCACUGCUACUUAAAAGAAGACAAAAUGUGGCAAGCAACUCAUUAAGAGAGAUUGGAUCUAUGUUAACAUGCAAAUGCUAAUCCAUUAGGACCCUGCUCAUACACCAAUCAAUCAAUUAACUCGUCUGCCUAUGUAUUGUUCAUUAUUUGAAAAAUGGUUUUAAUCAUUUAGGUAUGCAUUAAUUAAUAGCAUGCCUAGUUAAAAGGAAAAAAAAGAAAUUUAGUUGUCUUUGGGGCUUACAUAUACAAAUAUUUAGUAUUCAGCCAUGAUUCUGUGAUUAAGAUGUAUCAUAUAGCCAAAGAUAACACAAGGACUUCCAGAAGUAGAGAUACAGAGCAAUUUCAAUUUAUAUCAACGACUUCAUAUGUGUCCUUUUUAAAGCACAUGAUAGAAUAAGCCACUCUAUAUGUAUAUAUAUAUAUAAUAAACUCAGAAUUGCAGAAAAACAAAACA